CCGGUAUAUUUCAAAUGUAAUUUUUCAAGCUGUGCAAAGCCGCAAAACAAUUCAAGGUAGUGAAGAGUCUGAAAACGCUGCGCCAAUCAUGAUCUGAACAAAAUAAUAUGUUGCUUUACUUGAGAUAAAAAAACACUUACAAUAUUAAUCUUUACACAAAUUAAUUGAUGUGGUUAGACUAUACAGCUACUUUGUCGCUAGGUCACUCGCUAUUAAAUUCAAAUUUCAGUGCGGAAGAUAUGAUUCAUAUUUAUCCAAUUCGAUUUGAAAGAGAUGUAGCUCACGGGCGUUUUGCGGUUUACUACCGUUCGCCUAACGUUAUUGGCGACUUUACCUUUCAAUGGCGGAAACGUUCUAAAUAAAUAAAAUAUCACAGCAAAUAGAAAUUCAUCAACAAAUAUUCACAAUCGGUUUGCCAUGACUAAUUUUGUUUGAAUUAGUGUAUAUCAAUAUUUAACUUUUGGUUUCCUUAAUGAUAAUAUAAAUAUAGAUAUAUUUCAAUAAGUCAGAUUUAAGUGAAUGCUUGACAACCUAGUUUUGUUAGUUUUGGACCCAUCAUCUUGUUAGACUAGAGGUUUAAAAUGUUUCGUGGAAAGCGAUUGGCGUUAUGUCAUGUUCUACUAUUGACGUCAUAUCUGUAUCCCAGCGCCCUGUCCCAGUCCCACUCUGGAUUCGUGCCGCCAAUACAAACAGCACACGCGACAUCGCCCUUUCCGUCCACGGUGAACACAAUCCACCCACAGGCGAUCAACUACCCCGUAGCAAAGGGUUUCAGCGGCUACCCAUACCACAACACCCUCGGUGACUACAGCUACUACCCCGUCGACGGCCAGUACUGGACCGGACAACAUGUUCCUCUGUACUCGCAGUAUCUACAAUAUCCACAACAGUACUACAACCCACAGCCCUACUUUCCGCCGUACGGUCAGGCGUGGGCUACACCCUACUCCUAUCCUAACUAUCAGUUUGGAAAUUACUACACCCAACAGUCCUACGGCUAUAUUCAUCCGCAGACUGGUUACAGCAACUCCUACGGACAGUACCCCGCAUUUCAUCCACAGUACUGGACCGGUGUACCUACAUACCACCAGACGCCAUAUAACGGACAACCAGCCUAUUACGAUCCUUUCCUGUACCCUUCUCACCCGAUGAUGUAUCAGGGGCACUACUACGCCCCAUACCCCGCCCUCCCCUAUCCAGGAAAUCGCGGUAUCCUUGGAGGACCCGGAAGUGGCGUCACUAAGGGCGUUAUUGGUGGAAUAUUGGCUGGACUGCUUGUCGGAACAGCGGCCAGAAGGGGCUAAUCAAGUCAGUUAUUCACAUCAGCACGUACCUAGCACGUAUAAUAAACUGCAAAAACGUGUCAUUUUGAUAAUACUUUAGUAGUACAUGUAUAUGACUCGGGAAUGUUUUUUGUCGUUUGCAUGUUUUAACAUGUUUUGUGAUUUUUUUUUACUUUUAAAGACAUUUUGCAUAAGGCGGCAUUGAUUUCCAAAGCUUAACCUGACUGACAGAGACUGCGUGUCUGUAUAGUUACAUUCUGACACAAAAACCAGAACAGUGAAAAUCUAUACAUACACAAAUAAGUUUGCAAUAAAUUUUCUUACAGAAGUAGACAUUACGCGCUAUAGUGUACGUACUGUAUACUUCUGUGCAAAACUUUUAAUACUUUGUAAUAUUAAAUGACAUCAUUCGAUUUUCCGAGAGUAUGAUUUUUCAAAGCAUAUUGGGAUAGAAUUUUAAUUUGAUAGCAAUUGUAGUAUUUAUGUAGUUUUCUUUCUAUUUUUCUUCUUCAUCUUUAUAACCUUCAUCUUCUCAUCGUCUUUUCUCUCUUGGUUUUGCGAAUA